AUGAGUUACAAGAGCCCCACCGGCCCCAGGACAGAGGGGAUCCCGCAGCGCCCGGCCCCACCCACAAUACUGUCAGUGCCGGAGCCCCAACCUCUGGCGGCUGCACCCCGAGGAGCCGUCUCAUUCCCCCUUCAGGUCCACAGGAGACAGGCCGACCAGGAGGACAGGAGCCUUGUGAGGCCCCGAGCACCACCUAAAGCGAAGACCUGGAAAGUCGUGAUGCCUCAUUGUCAGAAGAGCCAGCUCUGCAAGCUUGACGACGGAUUUCCGGCCCAAAGACGGUCACUGUUCCUGGUGGAUGUGUUUGCUCCUGCUGAUGAGGAAGACGUGGAGGUCAUCUUCUUUACCACCUCCUCUUCCUCUUCCUCCAACGCCUCUGCCUCCACCUCUCCUCUGAUCCCAGGCACCCCGGAGGAGGUGCCUGCGGCUGGAACACCAAGUCCUCCCCCGAGUCCUCAGAAUGUCUCCUCAUCCCCCACUGCCAUUGCCUCCACUCCAUGGAGCCAGUCAAAUGAUGGCCCCAGUAGCCAAGGAGAGGAGGGCCCGAGCACCUCGCAGGAUGUGGAAGUCCCUGAGUCCUUGCUCCAGAUUGCACCAGGGGAGACAAUGAAUGAUUUGCUAAAUUUUCUGCUCCUCAAGUAUCGAAUGAAGGAGCCGAUCACAAAGGAAGAAAUGCUGAAUGGUGUCCUCAAAAAUUACGAGGACCAAUUCCCUGCCAUCUUCAGCAGAGUCUCUGAGUGCCUGGAGCUGGUCUAUGGCAUUGAAGUGAAGGAAGUGGAUCCUGCCGGCCACGCCUACAGCUUCAGCAUCUGCCUGGGCCUCACCUACGAUGGGAUGCAGAGUGAUGACCAAAGCAUGCCUAAGACCGGCCUCCUGAUUAACAUCCUGGGCUUGAUCUUCAUGGAGGGCAACUGCACCUCCGAGGAGUCCAUGUGGGAAGUGCUGAGUGUGCUGGGGGUGUGUCCUGGGAGCGAGCACUCCCUCUACGGGGAGCCCAGGAAGCUCAUCACUGAAGAUUGGGUGCAGGAAAACUACCUGGAGUACCGGCAGGUGCCCGACAGCGAUCCUGCACGCUAUGAGUUCCUGUGGGGCCCGCGUGCCCACGCUGAAACCACCAAGAUGAAAGUUCUGGGGCAUUUGGGCAAGUUUAGUAGUACCGUCCCCAGUUCACUACCAUACUCGUAUGAGGAGGCUUUGAGAGAUGAGGAAACAGUUGCUUUUGGAUGGUGGAUCAAGCAGAGAGAACUGUCCACCUGGGGCAGCUAUGUCAUGUUCAUUGGUGGACAUCGGGAGGAUGCAGAGGAGAGCAGCUGCCAGAAUCCAUGA